UCUGUUAGGUUUCAUUUUCUUAUAAUCCCGCCCACCAACAACAAGAAACAGAAAGCAGACACUGAACCGUCACAGCUGUUGCGCCUGAUCUUUAGCUUCAUGUCAAGAUGGGUGCAGUGUUCAAGCUACUUCAGCAAUACAGACUGGAGUCCUACUACAAUCAGUUUGUUCAGUUGGGUGUAAAAGAUGAAAGAGAUUUCCUGGAUAGUGUGACAGUUGAAGAUCUACACAACUUAGGUUUGAGUCAUGUGGAAAAGAAUCGUUUUUCAGCAAUGAAAAACGCCAUACAAACACUCAGAGCUCCAGAGCGCCAAGUUCAAACUGUGACACAUGUGCAAAAAUCAACGGAGGUGUUUAGUCUGGAGUACACAUACCCCAAAUGUCCUGAAUUAAAAUGUAUUAAAGACUUGGAUCCAGCACAAAACACAGUUGAAGAUCUGAUGUUAAGGAUCUGUCACCUUGAAAAUGUUGGAAAAACCACAGGAAUCUGUCUCUACACAAUCGAUGGGAUGCCAUUGACAGAUGAUCCCUUCCUCAACACAUGGUCUUUGAAAGACAGGCACAUUCAAAGUGGAGCUGUGAUAUAUGCCAUAUUUACACCAAAGGAAAACCUGAAACAGGCUCUUAAAAUGCCACAGCAAGAAUUUGAUGAAAUCCCUGGAGAGGAUGUCAUUCGAUGCCACGUCAUGCUCAAGGGAGACUUUGACCUGAUGGUGAACUUAGAAAGCGACACUAUAACCAGUCUGAGACGCAAGUUGGCAAAUGCAAGUGGGAUCCCAGUACAUGUCCUUCAUUACAAUGGUCAGCAGAGUGGUGGAAACACAUUAAAAAGCUGUGGAAUCUCUGAGGGGUCCACAGUUGCCUUCUCUUUAUCCUCGUUUUACGAUGAGGCUCCAUACCAUGAGACUUUCUUCAUUAAUGAUGUUGUGCCUUCAGUCCAGCAAACCCAGAAAGGAAUGAGUGUGUUGCUGUCUUCACUUUAUGUGGCUAAAGGACAUGGUUCAAAAAUCAUACAAAAUAAAUUGAUUGCCUACAUACGAAAACUGACUGGAUGCAACGCCCUCGCCCAAAGCUUGCAUCAGUUACUCUGCAGGAAUGAAAAGAUGACAAGGAACCAGAAGAUUGCAGUUGUUGAAGGCUUGUACAUGCUCUUCAGAGAGCUUUUGCCCCAACUUGGAUCACAACGAGGGGAAAAAGUCAUCAAGGACCUCUAUGUCUUUGAGAAUUCCUUGUACUGCUGGGCUUAUCUCAUUUCAGAGGCACAGAAACAGUCCUCAGAUCUUGAGAACUAUGCACCAGUCACUCUUACAUCUGAAGAUGGCAGCCGUUUCUGUGAACCAGUCCGAGUGCCUGGAGUGCCAGGUGUCUUUGAACGAGCAUACAUUCUCCAGAAAAUCAAAGAUGGAGAGAAAAUUCCAAACUGCACUGAAGAGAUUUUACGAGAAACCUCAAUACAGAGAGCCACUGACAUUGAGAAAAUCUUGCUCAGCUUGCCUCCAUCCAUCAAAACGUAUCCUCUCUGGAUUCAUCAUGACAAGACAACUGGUCAGAACUUUCAGGUCAAUAUGCAGAAGACUUUUGGAAGUAUGGUUGAUGCGUUGAAAUCUUUCCCUGGUUUCAAUGUGACCCCACCUCUACGUCUGAAGGAUCUAGGACAGAGCGAGCAUCGCUUUGUUCUCCUGAGUGAAGACAACCUUGGUGUUUUUCUAUGUAAAUUCAAAGGAUCCACAGAUAUGAUCCAGGUGUAUGAUUGUCUGCAUGGCAAAAUGAAAACAGUGGAUGUGAAUGUAUUGGCAGCCCAGACUGGUGACCACAGAGAUGAUGGAUCAUUUGUCACAACUAGGACUCCAAAGGAGGCCAUACUGGUCCUGAUAGAUACAAGCUCGUCCAUGGAAGAAGAGUGUUAUAAAAAUGCUGAAAUAAAGAAAAUUAAUGCAGUGAAGGAGCUCUUUGACAACUUUGCAUCAAGAAGCAUGGCUUAUGAUUUCCAUCAUGUCAUUGGCCUUGUGAAGUUUGACUCCAUGGUGAAAACACUCCACACAUUUACUGAAAAUCUGGAAAAGUUCAAGGAGCACAUUCGUAACCUUGAGCCAAAUGGAUGCACUCUGCUGUACGAUGCCCUGCGACGUGGAGUGUCUGAGUUGGACAAGGUGAAGGCGAAGUUCCCAGACUGUAGACUUCGCAUCAUGUGUCUCACUGAUGGAAAUGAUUCUGGAUCUUCAGUCGAGCCAGUUGCAGUUACAGCCAAACUGCUAAAAUCUAACAUCAUUGUGGAUUCAAUCCUUCUUGGAGAUGUGGAGAACAAUAUGCUGCAUGGAAUCAGCAAUGUAACAGGUGGUUGCUGUUUCAAACCACAGACAACCAAAGAAGGUUUGAAGCUCUUUGAGAUCGAGACGGUUCUGUCUUUGGAGCAGAGGAAACCCAAGAAAAAACUUGACCCAUCGUCUAUCAGUGAGCGAAUUUUAACAGGCAUCUUUGCAACUCAUGGAUAUGAUGAAUAUCCAGAGACAUCCUUGCCAAGCCAGAUAAACAACAAAGUGACUGCAACAGAGAGUGCUCUGAAAAAGAGGCUUCGGGAGUCAAAGGACGGGAGUUUAAUGGAGAAGGAUAAACGUAUCCUGGAGGAGCUUAAGAGCCUGCAUUGUGACCCUCAUCCCUUCUUCAGAGUCUUUCCAUCAGAGUCAGACUUCACAUUCUGGAGGAUUCUCAUGCAAGGUCCUCCUGACACAUCGUAUGAGAAAGGAGUGUUCGAGCUGUACUGCCAGUUUGGUCCUGACUACCCAGUGAAGCCUCCAGUUGUUCGCUUUGUCACUCGAGUGUACCACUGCAAUGUCAACAGUGUGGGCCGUAUCUGCCACAGCAUAUUUGACCGCAGCUACAAUGCCCACAUUACCAUGAGAGACAUCUUUGAUGCUGUGUAUGGACUGCUCAUCAUCCCUGAGCCUGAUGAUCCACUGGACAGCAUUUUGGCUGAAGAGUUCCUGACAAACCGUGUGGCAUAUGAAGAAGAAGCCAAGAGACACACAGAGCAAAGUGCAGGAAAGUCACUGGAUGACAUGGAGAAGAAAUUGGUGGGUCCUGUGCCACAGUUCAUACCCCAACAUCUGAUCUGUCCACUCACCAAGAAGAUGUUUGUUGAUCCUGUUAAAACAGUAUAUGGCACCGUGUAUGAACGCAAGGCUAUUGAGGAACACCUCAGACUACACCAGUACGACCCGAUGGCUGGCCCAGGACAUGAGCUUGAACUUGGUGACACAACAGCAGACUGGGACAUGAAGAAAAUGGUGAUUGAUUAUCGAUCUCGUCAAAUUCAGUGAAUCAGUGGAGAAAAACUUUAGAGUUAAAGCUCUGUAGUUUUAUGUAGGUGUUUCCAGAAAAGUUCCCAUGUUUAUCUUAUGUAAUUUGUUGCAGUUUAAGUUUGUCAUGUUAAUUAUGUAUAUAAUGUUUACUUUUAAGCUCAUAGUGCAAUUGUUCACCAAUUAUAAGAGUGGAAUUGUUUAUUUUGUAUUUAACCUUGUUGAUUUACAAACAGAUUUGCACUCAGAUUGUCAGUGAUGUGGCGCUUCUCUGAAAAGCCUCAGAAUAUUUGCACUAAUUAAUCCCUGAAAAUCAGUUUCAUAGGUGCAGGUGCAUCUUAUAUAUCAUAUAUCAUAUCAUACAUUUUUUAGUUUGAAGUGAUCAUUUAUCACACAAUUAGAUAAGUAAAUACAAUUGUGAAAACUUAAAUGUCUUACUAAUCAACAUAAUGUAGCUUUUAAAUGUUAGUGAAUCUUAUUUAAUUGUAUGCAGUCUUUUUGUCCUGACAUGAGCACUAUGUGGACAGUGAUAGUAAUUUUGACACUCACAUUUAGAGAUGCUUGUUUAUUUUAUUUUAUUUUUGGUCUGUAUUUUUUCCAGAUUAUUCCAAUGCACAAUGUCAUUGCUUAAACAAAUCGGAAAUGUGUGAAUUGCCUUUUUGGAUUGUAGAAUAAAAGUUCAAAUUCA